GAAACCAUGCCUGGUCAUUGCUGUUAGCCCAUAACCCCCCCCCCCCCCCAACCCACCCACACACACACUGCAGAUAUGAAACACCAUGGUGUGCUCAUCAUCUUCUGCAUAGCAUAUGCAACUAAUGCCAUUGAAUUCAACUAUCCAGCAGUUUUCAACUUUGGAGACUCGAAUUCCGACACUGGAGACUUGGUCGCCGGUGUCGGUGAACAUCUCGACCCUCCCAACGGUCAAACUUAUUUCAAGGGACCGUCUGGGAGGUUCUCUGAUGGCCGCCUUAUCAUAGAUUUCUUAAUGGAUGCAAUGGACUUGCCUUUCCUAAAUGCAUACUUGGAAGCUCUUGGUGUCCCGAAUUUUCGUAAAGGGUGCAAUUUCGCAGCGGCCGGAUCUACCAUAUUGCCGUCGGGUCCAAACUCCGUUAGCCCGUUCUCGUUCGGGGUUCAAGUGGCUCAGUUUUUUCGAUUCAAGUCACGUGUUCUUCAGUUGCAAGCUAAGUCAAGAAAGUUCAACAAGUACUUACCUGAUGAAGAUUACUUUAGCAAGGGGCUAUACAUGUUUGAUAUAGGCCAAAAUGAUCUUGCUGGUGCAUUUUACUCAAAAUCUUUUGACCAAGUCGUCGCUUCGAUUCCACUAGUUUUAGUCGAAUUUGAAACCGGAAUCAAGUUAUUAUACGAUCAAGGUGCAAGAAACUUUUGGAUUCAUAACACGGGUCCGCUCGGGUGCCUGCCACAAAACAUUGCAAAGUUUGGGACGGAUCCCACAAAGCUUGAUGCCCAAGGUUGUGUUUCUGCACACAACCAAGCAGCUAAUCUUUUCAACAUACAACUACACGCACUUGUCGCCAAGUUGCAGGCUCAGUUUUCCGAUGCCAAUGUAACGCAUAUUGACGUCUUCACAAUAAAAUCUAAUCUUAUCGCGAAUUACUCGAAAUACGGGUUUGAACAAGCAACCUCAGCUUGUUGCGGGUACGGAGGUCCGCCGUUGAACUACAACAACCAGUUGAGUUGUGGGCAAGUGAAGAUCAUAAAUGGCAGCUCCAUUACAACCACUGUAUGCAAUGACACAACUGAAUAUGUGAAUUGGGAUGGAAUACAUUACACAGAGGCUGCAAACCAGCAUAUUGCUUCUCAAAUACUCACCGGAAAGUUUUCUGAUCCGCCGUUUGCAGACAAGAUGCCCUUUCUUCUUAAUCUUAAGUUCUAACCACACCUAAUUAAUUAUAUGUAUUCAUUCUUUCAGUUUUCUAGUGACUACAUAAGAUGAUAUUAUAUCACUCCUA